CUUAUUAAAUAGAUGAUUAUUGGAUGGUCGGUUUGAGUUUAUUUGAAAUGAGCUUACUGUAGACUAGAUAACCAAAGAUGCUGAUUUCUCUCGCUGCCAUUCCUGUUGUGGGUUUCCUGGGAACGAUGCUGAUAGACAAGCCCUACUGCUACAUAAACGAGUGCUGCAGAGAUCCAUGGGUAUCCUCAAAUAGCACUCAGCUGCGCUUGAACUUAGAGCGACAUCUGUGUGGACAAGUGCCAGCAAAAAAUAUGAUUAUCAGUGCUUUGAAGCACCACUGGCAGGACAGCCAGCCGAAAAAACCACUUGUCAUGUCUUUUCAUGGAUCGCCAGGUAUUGGGAAGACGCACGCACUGAAAAUUAUUAGAGACACAAUGUUCAAAGAAGGAGAGAAGACUUGGUUUUUUGACUACAUAAACGUACCUGAUGAAUUCCCUUACCAGGAUGACGAGAAAGACCUCCGGGAUUAUAGAGAAAAACUUUUGGGCAGAAUCAAGAGGGCUGUGGAAAAAUGUGAUCGUGCGCUGAUUAUUUUGGAACAGGCGCACCUGAUGAACGUGAAGCUCCUGGAAAGUGUGAGACCGUUUUUUGAUAGUAACGAACAAGUAUAUGGAGUUGAUUGUCGAAAGGCCACUUUUAUUCUUGUUACUAACACCGGAUUCGACGGUCUGGUUGAUAUGGCUUAUCAAUAUGACCAAAAGGGUCUGAGUGCCCAUGACAUACUACCCACUCUGGAAGUUGAGAUGGAGGUUCUGAAGGCGAUCGCAUUCGCGGACAAACAGGGCUUAUUUUACAAGAGCCGUAUUUUUGCCCAUCACCUGAUAGACUUUUUCGUGCCCUUCUUCCCGCUCGACAAAAAUCACGUGAAGUGCUGUAUCCGGAAUGAAGUUAAAAGACUAUUUGGUUUUUACCUAAAGGCAUCUAUCGUAGAAAGCAUAUUGGACACCAUAAAGUUCGUUCCUGAUUACGACCCAAAGUUUGCAGAUGUAGGAUGCAAAAGUGUUCACAGAGCCAUAGCAAUGUACUUUUCGCACAGCGACGACUUGUGAAAUGCGAUCUUUUAACUUCAAUCAAUAGGUCAACGAGGUGCUAAGCUUUUCUUUUUCCUUAGCAAAACUAGCUCGGCGUCGAUUUCUAUUUUUAUGCAACUUUUUGUCAAAAUUCGUGAUAUUAUAUCGAUAUUUAAACUUCGACGGCCAUUCUUGAUCUUAAGAAUAGUUUUCGGUUGUUGUUACGCUAAUUUAUAACAAAGAAAGCGUGUGCAACAAUUGGCUGAUAAUCGUAGUUUUUUUUACAUACGCAUCUGGGUUUUCGUUUCAUUUUGAUAUACAAUUGUUUCAGUUUCAUAUUUUGGGCAGGCUGGGAAACUAUUUAACAU